CAUAUUUUCUGCCAACCCAUCUCAUUAAUGAAGGGUGCGGUAUAGGUUUCAUAACAACCCAAAAAUAAGUCUGAUACGGGGGUUUGUACUCCCUGUAUUCGAGAGGAAAUCUGUGAAUGUUAUCGUCGCUCCACUCACAAAAUUCAAAGACAUGUAUUAACAGAAUCUUAUGGUUUGUGAUAGUACUAACAGCAAUGGCCCUAUCUGUCUACUACAUUUUAGAGAUCUACAACAAAUACGAAGAAAAUCCCUUCAUCGUCAACUUCGCUACGAGAGAGUCCCCAAUUUCCAUCAUACCGUUUCCAGCUGUCACAAUAUGCCCAGUGGUGAAAGCAACAAGAAAAAAGUUUAAUUUCACUGAAGCAGUUCACAAUAUCUUGGAUGAUAUAUCUAUCAGCGAAGAUAAACUGAGGAAAACUCAAUAUUUGUCUUCGGUUUGUGCAAAUAUUGGCGAAUCUUACAAGGAAAAAUUACCGUUAGUUGAUACUUUCACAGAAGAUUUCUAUGAUCAACUAGAUUCUAUGAAGCCCAAUUAUGAAUUGAUGUUCUUCGGAUGCGGGAUGAUGGAUAUGCCUUGUGUGAAUGAAUUCACACCAAUUAUACUGGAUGACGGUGUUUGUUAUAGUUUCAACAUGUUGAGUCGAGAAGAUAUUUACAAGGAUAAUGUCGUUCACUAUUGUGACUACCAUCAGAAUCUACGUUUCACUAACUGGACUAAUGAUAAUGGUUAUUCAAAAGUAAUUGGUGCGAAUGCAUAUCCAUAUAGAGCAUUUCUUGCUGGAGCUGAUAGUGCUCUAGAAAUAUAUCUGUUGCAGAUAGAGGAAGACUUAGACUACUUGUGUGCCAAGGACACACAAGGAUUCAAAGUUGUACUGCAUACACCUCACACCAUGCCUCAACUUAGAAAACAAUUCAUUCCUGUCGCCUGGGACACUUGCGUUCAAGCCAUGAUUAAUCCCAAGAUGAUGACCACAUCGAAAGAAGUGAAAAAAUUCAAACCCAAAGACAGACUUUGCUAUUUUGCGGAUGAGAGGUCUCUGAAAUAUUUCAAGAUUUAUAAUCCUGAAAACUGUGGAUUGGAGUGUUUAACGAACCACACCUUGGAAAUGUGCAAUUGUGUGGAUUUCUAUAUGCCCAGACACAAUUCGACGAAGAUAUGUGGUCAUUCGAAGGAGAAAUGUAUUAAACGUGCUGUUG